GCGAAGUGACAUGCAGCCAUUUACACAUUAUGUAAAACUACAAUUUAUGCGGAUUAUAAGCCAUAAUUCACGGAAUAUUUGGAUGGAAUGUCAACAAAAAAUUAUGAAAAUUUGAUAGUGAUUCACUGCAAUGCUGAAGACGCGUGUAAAUUUACACGGAUGAACACUGCAGCUUCACUGGAGCACAUGUCAGGAAAACCCUAAGCGUGGAUGACUAAAUUAAACUAAACAUACCAUUAUGGUCUAAUGGCUGUAAUUAACACGAGCUGACAACAUGAUAGCUCUCAUUUGUAGAGUCUGAUCUACAGACUCUACUGUACAUAGUCUGACGAAAUCGUCAAAUGUGACUGAAAUGGCGACGAACGUGCAUGAGGAAUAUUACAAGGAUUAUGUUAUAGUAGGUGUACCGGAGGAUAAGACUAAGGGUGAGGUCCUGUGCCAUCAGGGGGCGCUUAUCGGCAUUGAAGAUCAGGACGAUUCUACUUUCACCAUCACUUGUGAUCAGAAGACAUUUCAUUUUCAAGCUCAAAAUGCAGAUCAGAGGGAGCAGUGGGUGGCGGCUCUGGAAGAGACCAUCCUCAAACACUCACAGCCAGCCAAGUUUGGCGCCUCAUCACGUCGUCCUAAGCCAACGGUUAAAGACUUUGAUAAGAAACUAGCAGAGGCGGAUGCGUAUCUUCAGAUCCUCAUUGACCAAGUGAAUGCCUUAGAGAUACGCCUGGAUGGAUUAGAAGAUGAUGCACAGAAACAGAAACAUGAGCAACUCAGGGUUCAGGCAAAGUCUAUGAUUGAGUCCGUCAAGCAAGCUAUUGUGUUACUGCAGUUAGCAAAGUCCACCAUUACAUGGCCUGUUAAGAGAGUCAAUAACGCUGUGAACCCAGUGAAUGGUUUUGUGCAAGACGAGAACGACACAACUCACCAUGACGACAUAAACAAUGAGCCCGUUCCGUCCUCCGAAAACAUCCAAGAGCCCUUGGAAAACACAGUCACACCUCAAGACUCGGAGCCAAACCACGCCUCCUCCGGCAGCGUCGACUCGGCAGCAGAAUGUUUUGAGGAGAAUUCGGCUGGUAACCUCGCUCCAGCUCCAAGACCCAUCCAGGUUAUACCAAGAACUGAACACAUCCCAGCAUUGUCUUAUUCCAGCAGUGAUGAUGAAGACUUCUUUGACGCGGACGAGUUUCCUGACUUAGACUUAGGAUCUCCUAAAUCCAGAUUGCCGAUCGAAGACCACGCGGAAGCAGAAGCAGAAGAAAUAUUCAACCCCAAUAAUUAUCCGUCCAUGAUGUAUCAAGAGGAUUCAGAGGAAGAGAUGAUUGAUUGUGAGGCACACGGUAGCGUUAUCUCCCACCUACUGUCCCAAGUACGGCUAGGGAUGGACCUGACCAAGGUAGUCCUACCGACGUUCAUUCUGGAGAGACGAUCUCUACUUGAGAUGUACGGAGACUUCUUAGCCCACCCUGAAAUCUUUGCUACUAUCUCAGAUUUAGAGAGUCCGAAGGAGAGGAUCGUUCAAGUUGUUAAGUGGUUUAUGUCUGCGUUCCACGCCGGUCGUAAAGGCUCUGUAGCCAAGAAGCCAUAUAAUCCCAUCCUGGGCGAAACGCUACGGUGCUGGUGGGAUCUGGGUACGGAAAAUGGACAGAGCAACAGCAAAGAAACUGUAGGUGCUGAAGGACCUGUUCCCUGGGCAUCUAAGGACCAAGUGUCGUUCAUAGCUGAACAAGUAUCCCACCACCCUCCUAUAUCGGCUUUCUACGCAGAACACUACAACAAGCAGAUGUCCAUCAACGCCCAUAUAUGGACCAAAUCAAAGUUCCUGGGUCUUUCCAUCGGCGUUGAGAACGUCGGUCAAGCUUGUGUGUCUGACCUCAAGCAUGAUGAAGAAUACAUCAUGACAUUCCCCAACGGCUACGGUCGCUCUAUCCUCACUGUCCCAUGGUUUGAGAUGGGCGGCAAGUGUGUUAUCAACUGUGCUAAGACGGGCUUCACGGCAACCAUCACCUUCCUUACCAAACCGUUCUACGGCGGGAAGCGCAACCGCGUCACGGCGGAUAUCGCGCAUGUCUCAGACCGUAAGCCUUUCCUGACUAUUUCUGGAGAAUGGAACGGAGUCAUGAUGGCCAAGUAUGCUAAUGGGCAAACGGAAGUCUUUGCCGACACCUCAAACAUGAAAGUGAACAAGAAGAGAACAAUGCCUGUUGAGAAACAGGGAGAGUACGAGUCCAAAAGAUUAUGGAAGGACGUGACGCACUACCUCAAGACCCACAACAUCGACAAGGCAACAGAAUCCAAACGCUUCCUAGAGGAACGACAACGCCAAGAGGCCAAAGAACGAAAAGAGACGGGGGACAAAUGGCAGACGAAGCAUUUUCAUGAAGAUGGCGAGUGCUGGAUAUUCGACAACCCUCUUCAGCAACGGAUCAAAGCUGCACAGGAAGAAGCUGCACGUAAACAGCAACAACAACAGCAACAACAACAACAGCAACAGCAGCAGCAACAACAGCAACAGCAACAACAAAAUCCACCACCACCACCACAACAAACAACACCACCACCGACAGCUGAACAGCAGGCUGCACCAGUAGACAACCAAUCUAUAAAUAACUCACAUAUACCAGGGCACCAGGGAGACGGGCUCUCUGGUAACCCAACACUGCCUAGGUCAGCCAGCCAGGAGCUUGUUGAUUUAUUAAGAUGAGAGCAACCCCCCCCCUCACUUCCUCUAUGCAUAUCCUGUUAACUUUGUUUUAUGAGUUUACUCGCUCUGUCCAUGUCAAACAUUUCCAGGCAGUAGUUGAAAGUUAUUCAAGAUGGGAAAGUCGAUAUUCAGGGUCGUUGGUAACCAAAUGAGAAUAAAGCGUAUUAUCAUUGUAUAACCCAUGUAGAUGUGUUCCAUGAAAUGCCUUUACAUGUAUCUGUGCCAUUUUGGUUAACUGAUUUUUAUAUUGUAGGUUAAAAACAUUUUUCAAUGAGGCUCAAACUACUGGUGAUUCAUGACGCUAAACUUGACAGGCCAGACAUGGCAAAUAGUGUAGAUUUUGUAACUAAAGGUUCUCAGUAAAAAAUAUAUUUUACUUUGUUUCAGAGAUAACAAUUGUAUGUUAACGUGGGUAAAGUUGGACAAGUGUUGCAUCUUGUGGCCGUGAGCGGCCGCCAGGAGCAUUGUGGUACAAGUGGCUUGCAGCCACUACUGUCCAGUCUAAAUGGUUAAGCACAUCACCUCUGCAAUCCUCGAGUUCCCAUCUGCAUUGUAUUGUUAAAGAAUCCCUUAUUUAUGUGAUAUACAUGUAGCAGGGACCCCGUUCUAAACCUGUUACCCCCCGCCCCAACAAACACAAUAUGUGUAAAGUGGCAGCUGCUUAGUAAUGUUCAAGUAUUAGUGUUAAAACCUAUUGAAAAUAUCAGGUGAUAAACCACAAACUCAACCAUAAACUACUUAAAGCCCCAUCACACCGUAAUCUUUCACACUACGUUCUAAAAAAAAAAUGUAGCCUAGGGGGCUGAAACCGUGUUUAAAUGGAGUGGACGUAGUAGCAAAUUUUUACAAACUGUUUACAAACUUCAUGGACAGGCUCCAGAACUUUGAGCCUGCUCAAAAUUUUAGGGUGACCAUCCUGCCCUGCAGUUAGUGUAGCCGGUUCAUCAUCCCAUUCACAGACAGACACAACUCAUUACCAGAAUUUAAGUAACUAGGGUCACGUUUGAUAGACAUUUCCAGCCAAAUCAGUGCACCCUGACUGGUUUGCUUGAACGGGUUGCUAGUGAGACUUAUAUAUGUACAAGGUUUAUGGACAUUUGUAAGAGCUAACAUUUUAUGGGCAGUCCACAUUUGACAUGCAUUAGGUUUGUAAUGCCCCUGGAUAGUUUGUAAGAUGUACGUACAAUAAUGGGGAAAAUGUCUGUAUCCUGCCUCCUCUUUUUCAUUUGUUAUGACAUAAAUUAGUAUUUAAGUCUAAUUAACUUACUCAAAUAAGAUUUUUGUAUUGGUAAAAAUGAGUGGAAGCGGGUGGCAGAAUACGGAAAUCUUUCUGUAAAAAAAAAACUAGGUAUUCAUAUUUAUCGUUGUGUCGGUGCUGAAACAGUGCACAAGUUUUUAAGUUGUCAACACAUUGUUAUCUGACUUAAAUUAGCCAAGAUGUACAAACAAAACGUACAUGUUAAGAUUUUGCAUGGAGCAUUUACAUGAACAUGCGAGAUAUGUUUUGGUAAAUCAUGAUACUCCUUGCACUAAUGUGACAGGUUAUUAAUGUAUAACAGCCUUUAAGUAUAACGCAAUAGUUUACCGACCUUCACAGAAUAAAACAGCAUUGUAGAAGCUGCAUUUUUAAAGAAAUUCAUUAAUAGCGACUUAAAUUCAUUAACUGGUGAUCAGUUAAAGUAUGUUAAUUUUAAAAACCUGCUUAAAUAAGCACAAAAAGUAGCCAAGCACAACAAAAAUAUGUUU